UCACCAAGUGUCAGUUUUACGUACAUGAGUGCUUUUAUUUUAUUCCCUUUCCACAGGGGGACAGGGGCAGCAUUGAAUCUCAAUUACUUUGAUCUUGCACUUGCUUGCAUAAAUGAUCGCUGUACAACAGUUUUCUGGAUGUGUACAUGAUGGCAUCAAUUCUGGCGUUAUUAUUAUUGUACGUAUGCAUUGUGCUUGAUUUUAACGCAUAUCCACUACAACACCCCUCCAAAUGCUGGGGAUGAAGGGAAUAAUGGAAACCUUUUCCCUUAACAAUGUUGAUGGGUUUAAAAGAUUUAGUUUGUGAAUGUCACUCCUCAGAAACGGACACGUCAUAAGCUAUUUGCACUAACUGGGAAGUAUCUCAAAAUAAAUUAUUCCAUACUGGCAGGAAUAAGUAAUUUCUCUGAAUUCGGGGAGAAGCCCGAGUUUCCACAAACCAUACUACCGAAAGUGCAUACUGUAGUCAACAUGUCAUCCCCUGCUUACCCGGUUACCCGGAUCGUAAACAAAUCAAAUUGUAAAGACAAACAGUCCGCGGAUUCCCUGCUGCUGGAUUGUAAUAACAAAAAUAGGAAUGAAAACAGUCCGUCGGUCAGGAGUAGUAGUUUCAAUAAUAGGGAAAAGAAAGAGCCAAAUAAUAACAACAAUAUCAGCAGCAUUGUUGAGGCCAACAAUGAGGUGAUCGAAGGCCAAAAUGUUAGUGACCCACAGGCAACCUAUUUGGGUCCAGCAGAGAAAGUGAACAUUGAGAAUAACCGGCUGAAAUAUUUCUCAGGACUUAAAAGCAAUUUACAAGCGGACAUGGAGACCUUUCUGGAGCUCGUGUGGGCCCUGUGCUACCUCGUGUACGGUGUCACGGUCAGCAUCAUCCUCACCUUCAUCCCGAGAAGGUUUCGCUACAAGGAUGUCUCCGGACAAGUCGUUCUAAUCACAGGGGCAGGAUCUGGGAUUGGCAAGAUGAUGGCCAAAAAGCUGGCGUUGAAUCACGGAGCCACAAUUGUAGCCUGGGACAUUAACAAACAAGGAAACGAUGAGACGGUGAAGGAAAUUAUUGAGGCUGGAGGAAAUGCUACUGGGUACGUGGUGGACGUAUCUUCACGAGCUUCGAUUUAUGAAGCAGCAGAUAAAGUGAAGGCCGAGGUAGGAAAGGUCGAAAUUUUGAUAAACAAUGCUGGGAUCGUAAGUGGAAGGAAAUUCCUGGACACUCCAGACCAUCUUAUUGAGAAGACUAUGCAAGUCAAUGUCAUAUCCAAUUUUUGGACGAUCAAGGCGUUUCUGCCGGGCAUGAUGUCCUCUGGCACAGGUCACAUCGUCACAAUCGCCUCAACCGCCGGACUGAUUGGCGUCAAUCGUCUUGUUGACUACUGCGCCUCAAAAUAUGCCGCUAUUGGCCUUAGCGAAUCGAUUCAAAAUGAAUUGAGGGCCGAAAAAGGAUACAACAAAAUUUAUACGACCGUAGUCUGCCCCUACUUUAUCAAUACUGGAAUGUUUGAUGGGGUGCGCUCCAAAAUCGUUCCAAUUUUGAAGCCUGUAGACGCCGUAAAUGAUAUUGUAGCAGGAAUUUUGACAAAUCAAGAGCAAAUUGUGAUGCCUCGUUGGCUGUACCCCCUUCUUUGCAUGAAGAUGGCUCUCCCAGGAGAAGUGGGACGGAGAGUUGCUGCUGCUUUAGGAAUUUCUGGGACGAUGAUGGGCUUUAAAGGUCGAGUGGGAGCACCCACUCCGGUCAAAGGAACAGCAAACAAGUCAUUAAAAUAAUUAAUAAACUAUUCACUAGCAAAUGACCUAUGUAUAUAAACGUACCAAGUACGUUCCUCAGAUUGAACCUUCUUCAGAUUAGUCAGUAGUUAUUGUACAGCGUAUCCACCUUUCAUUAUAUGUACACUUAAAGAUAUGUAUGUGUUGGACUUCUUAAUUUUAGUAUUAAUUAUGUGACUUAUUAACUUUGCGGUUGUUUGGUUUGCAUUUGUAUUUUUAAGUUCUUGUUAUCUUUAUAUUAUAAAAGUCUUUAAGUCUAUUAUGCUUAACGUAAGUAAUUAUUUAUACAUACAUCAUCUAAAUAUACGUAUAUAUGUAUCAUCCUGAGAACAGAUUAUACUGCAUAACUAAGAAUGGUGCAACAAAGUGGACCCCUAAACACGUACUUAAUUCAAAUACGGCAUUUUAGUUACACAGGUACGACAGCUCAACUAUUUAGCUCGUUAAUCAUCAAUAUGUGUGUUUACAUAUUUAUCGCUUAAUUUUGUGAUAGAGAAAAUGGCAGAUGACACGCGAUACAAAAUUCUUGAAUCGAAUCAUGCAUCUAUUAAUUUAUUAUCGUUUGUUGCAUUACGUUCGGAAAUUAGAACAAAGCUAUUAAUCUACCACUGAGAAUACCUCCUUUAACGGCAAACAGCAUAAUAAUUUCCACCCAUUAUCGCAGCUUAUUAUUGUUUUCUUAGAAUUCGGAUAGUGUAGCAAUAUUGAACUAGCUUCCCUAUUUCCCUGCUAGACAAUUUGACUGGAUAAACAUAAUUUAUUAAAUCGUAUCGCCACAUUACAAAUAUUUAUAUUUAUGUACGCACACAAAUGAUGUAUGUUUAAGCAUUUGAAAAUAAAUAAAAUUCCUAAAGUAAAAUUCAGAAAGGA